AUGCACAUUUGAAAGAACACCACCUACAGCGAAUAACAGACAUUUCUUCAUAGCCAUGCCGAGUUUCAAAACAAUGUCUAGAAAGAAAGAGAAAACAUGCACUCAGCCGAGGCGACUGUGCGAUUUCUGUAUUUGCGUAAAUACUCAGAUCUCCCCACUACUCCAAACAGUUCCUGGCUCCGAUUGCAAUACUGUGGCGCUGCGUUGCAAGUCAUGAUACUCUCCAACUAUUCACUUUGCAGGGGGUCACACAGCUUCUAUAAAGGGAGUCUGGAAGCCACAUAAGGAAUAAUCUCCUUUGGGGUGCUCCUCUCAUUUCAGGACCAUGGAAACACUGGUGUGGAAGGUCUUGCUGGAGGACAUGCUAACAUCCACGUCCAGUUUGACGGUGGUGCUCUGCGUUGUCGUGGUGAUCCUGCUGGCCCUGAGGGGCAGGGACUGCGGCGUCCCCGACGGGCAGAGCCCCCAGCGGCCCCCGGGGCCCACCCCCUGGCCCCUGGUGGGGAACCUCUUCCAGCUGGGGGACCAGAUGCACCUGUCCCUGACCAGCAUGCGGGCCGAGUACGGGGACGUCUUCCGCGUGAAGAUGGGCUCCCUGGAGGUGGUGGUGCUGAGCGGCUACGGAACCAUCCGGAAGGCCCUGGUGCGGCAGGGCGAGGCCUUCGCCGGGCGGCCCGACCUCUUCACCUUCUCCGCCGUGGCCAACGGCACCAGCAUGACCUUCAGCGAGAAGUACGGCGAGGCCUGGGUCAGCCACAAGAGGAUCUGCCGGAACGCCCUGCGCUCCUUCUCCCAGGCGGAGGCCCGGGACUCCUCCUGCUCCUGCCUGCUGGAGGAGCACGUGCGGGCCGAGGCUCUGAGGAUGGUGGAGGAUCUCCGGGGCAACGGCGGGGGCGAGGGCGCGGAUCCCGCCGUACCGCUGGUCACGUCCGUCGCCAACGUGGUGUGCGCGCUCUGCUUCGGCAAGCGCUACGACCGCGACGACAAGGACUUCCUCAGCAUCGUCCAAAUCAACAACGAGGUGCUGCGCAUCUUCGCCUCGGGGAACCUGGCCGACUUCUUCCCCGUGUUCCGCUACCUGCCCAGCCCUUCCCUCCGCAAGAUGGUCCAGUACAUACACAGGAUGAACAGCUUCAUGGAGAGGAACAUCCAGGAGCAUCUCACCACCUUUAACAAGAGCUGUAUCCGCGACAUCACAGAUGCCCUGAUCGCACUUUGUGAGGACAGGCAGGAGGACAGACAGACCGACAUGCUCACCAACAAUCAGAUAGUGCACUCUGUCAUCGACAUUUUUGGGGCAGGAUUUGACACCAUCAUAGCAGGUUUACAGUGGAGUCUGCUCUACCUUAUAAAGUUCCCUGACAUCCAGGCUAAAAUUAAUCAGGAAAUGGGUGAGAAGAUUGGCUCCGACAGACUGCCGAGGUUUGAGGACAAACCCAACAUGCCCUUAACGGAGGCUUUUAUAUAUGAAGUAUUCAGACACGCGUCGUAUGUUCCCUUCACAAUACCGCACUGCACCACAGACAACAGUGUCCUGAAUGGAUAUUUUAUUCCCAAAGACACCUGCAUUUUCAUCAACCAGUAUCAAGUGAACCAUGACACAGACUUAUGGGGUGAUCCUGGCUCGUUCCGGCCUGAGAGGUUUCUAGAUGGCUCUGGGCAUCUGAACAAGGACUUGACAGAAAAGGUGAUGAUAUUUGGGAUGGGUAAGAGGCGAUGCCUCGGUGACAACUUUGCCCGGCUGGAGAUGUUCAUCUUCCUCACCACGCUUCUUCACCACCUCCAGAUUGAAAAUGUGCCAGGCCAGGAGCUCGACCUCGCUGCCGAGUUUGGCCUGACCAUGAAACCCAAGCCAUAUAAGAUUGCGGUCUUGCCACGCCGUUAACGCCAUAGCCUUCUCUCAUCAGGGUUAGCAUAAUAGCCUUGCUCUCACUAGCAUUAGCAUCAUAGCCUUCCCUCACCAGGGUUAGCAUAAUAGCCUUCCUCUCUCUAGCAUUAGCGCCAUAGCCAUCUGUCAACAAUGUUAGCAUAAUAGCCUUCCACUCACUAGCAUAAGCGCCAUAGCCAUAUGUGCAUUAUAAACAAAAAGGAGGGCCCAAAAGAACAAUUUAUGAAGUAUAUUAAGUAUGAUUCCUACUUUCCAUAAUGUAUAUUUAAUACCUUUAUGAGGAGUUGCACAAGUACUUUCAUGAGCAAUUUCUCCUUUGCAAAACUUCUUGACAGUUUCCCAGCAAGAAACGUCUAAAAUGUAUCUAAAAGGAGUUCAUUACAUUGAAACAUUCACAUAUUUUUUUUUUCGGAGAUGGAUAAGUGCACAGGGAACAUUGCGUAUCCUUAGCAAUGAGUUCAGCGGGACAAUGCCUGUGCGUCGGGGACUGUGUUCUUAACUCCGGGAUUUAGGAACUGCCUUCGGCGUGUCUAAAGCUAUUAGCUUAGCCAGUCUCUGCGCUAGCCGUCCUGCUCUCCUGUCAUGACAGAUUCUGUACGUCUUAAUUAUCUCCCCUCCUCCGGGCGCCGCAAUUAGAAUUAGUCUCUGUGUUUAAAAGGCCUUUUAAACACAGUCUUACAAAACAAGACCGCGAGGGGGGGGGGAAUGAAAUGGGGAACGAGAGAAAUUGGGCUGAGAUAAAUAAAUUGGAAAAGCGUGGUGGGAGAUUUGGGCCGGAACUAAACGCCGUGACGGAAUUUCAUUAAAUUAGACGGGAUAUCUUGACGAGUUAAUCAAGCUCCGAGAGCCGGCAUGAAUUCGGCUGGCUCCUUCGCGGCGGGUUUUUGGCACGGGCCCGUCCCCUAUGGAGCCGGUAGCUAGGCACAGAGAGAGAGAGAGAGUUUGGGGGAAAAAAAAACGACCACGGAGUAAUUAAACCAUCACAAAUCACCAGAGCCCAAGGGGCUUCACAGGAUCAAAUUCUUACCUGACACCAAGGUGAGGGGGAGCUACCCUUGUAGCUGCAGUUAACCCCUCCGAAUUAGGGCUUGUACAUUUUAAAUCUCCAUCCGGUGUAUUUUAGUUGUUUUACUUUUACAUUCUACUGCAAAAUUUUGAUGUAGAAACCUAUUUCUGAGUGUCUGUGCGAACACUUAAAAUGGACAAGAGGGUUUUAGCAUAAUAUGUCAGAUUAUUUAGGCCUGUAUGUCUUUUUACAGAACAUGUUGGUUAGAAGAAUAUGGAUGUCACUAGUGUACAUCAUCACUAAGCACUUGUCUGUACAGUGAUUUAAUCUACGUAUGAUAAUAGUGAAUGAAUGCUCUUUCAGAUGGAGAAAUAUAUCUAUGCACCUUAUGUCGUCUGUAACCAUGUAUGAAUUGUAUAGAAUGUGUGCUUUAACACUUUUAUAAUGACAAUACUACUGUAUGUAAUGGUUGUAGUCUAUGAAAAGCAGCUCUGACAGUUAAUGUACCUGUCAAAUAAACUACAAGUCAAGCAAAACAAA